AUGAGCAGCACACGUACUAUUCUGGAGAGCCGUCCCAAGGUUACUGGUACGCGGACCAAGCAUGCGGGCGACAUUGGGAGUGUCUUUGCCCAGUUCUCGGGUGGUACCCUCCCGCCACACUUUGCUGGGCUGAAACGCGACCUCGUUCCGCCCGAGCGAGAGGCAGCGUUGGUUGCCAGCUGGCGCCGUCUCCUGACCCGCCUGGAAUACGUGACGGCUGAGAUUCAAGAAAAGGGAUCCGACCUUAUCCCCCAAGUGCAAUUUGGCGAUCUGGACAACUUGGCACCAUGGGUCGAGGACGAGAUUCGGGCCCGUGGCUCAGUCGUUGUCCGUGGCGUCACAAGCGAGGACUGGGACACACAGCUACGGUCUUAUGUCUCUUCCAACCCCGUCACAGGGUUCCCAAAGGACGACCCGCAGGUGUUCGAGGUGUACUGGAGUCGGGCACAGGUUGGGGCACGCGCACAUCCCCACGUCCUCAAGACCCAGCGCUGGGCGAACAGGCUGUACCACGCGCAUGAGGGCGCCCAUGUCGACCUCGAUACACCAGUGUCGUAUGCCGACCGUGCGCGUAUCCGUCGACCAGGUGAUACGAGCUUUGCUCUCGGACCCCACGCAGACGGUGGAAGCAUUGAGCUAUGGGAGGACAAGGGAUACCGCGCUCUUUACGAGGCAAUCUUCUCUGGCAAAUGGGAGGAUUACGACGCGUACGAUGCGGGUCUACGCGAUAACACAAACAGCAACCUACACGACGCCAUCGCGCACUGUGGUGUGACGCGUACAUGGCAAGGCUGGCUCGCCCUGUCCAACACGGGCGCAGGGCAAGGUACGCUCCAAGUGUACCCGGCCUUACGUGAGGCGACGGCGUAUGUGGUUCUUCGGCCAUUUUUCCGACCUCUUCUUCCUCCAGAGGUGUCGGGAUACCUGUCUGCCGAAAACUGGGUGCUUGACCUCGAAUCUGCCGCGUUCCCAGGUGCGACACUUGGCAAGACGCUCGAGCUUAGCGCUGCGACACACCCCCACCUCAUGCUGGACAAGUGCAUGGUGCCCAUGCGAACUGUGCAGCCGGGAGACUACGUUCUCUGGCAUUGCGGCGAGCGCGAUAGUAGCGUGCUGUACAUUGCGGCGUGUCCGCUCACUCAGCGCAACGCUGUUCACUUGAGGCAACAGCGCGACUGCCUCGAAAGGGGGGAGAGCGGGCCCGACUUUCCUGCCGGAGCCGGCGAGGGGGACUUUGUGGGUCGAGCAACCGCCAAAGAUAUCAACGGUGCCGAGGCGAGGCGUGCUAUGGGCCUCGAGCCUUUCGAUGCCGCUUGGGGAGGGACACAGGGGGUACGUGCGCUGCGGCGGGCUGCCAACCACGUCCUCUUCAGCCGUGUGUAG